AUGUUUAGAGAUGAGAAAGGAGUACCAAAUGAACACGAUAGAAGAAGCUUCACCACUAUUUCCACUGCUUCUGCUCGCCGGCUGGCUGCCAUUCUGCCGACCCCGUAUGAUCGAGUUGGAGAAGCUCUGCAAAUCUCUGGAGGUCCCUAUUCAUCAUCACUACAAAUGUCUAAUAUCAAUGAUGUCGCCCGAAUAUGGAGGGUGACGGAGCGGGUGCUUGGGAAACCAAGCAGUGGUGGUGGUGGUGGUAGUGGCGGUGGCAGCGGCGGUGGACGUGGUGGCCGCGGCAAUGGCCGGAUUGGGGGGUGUGGUGGUGGUGGCGGGAGUGGUCGGGGGGUGACCAAGCGGAAGGGGGGCCUUCGUGGUGGAGGUGGUCAUGGAAGCAGUCUCCCUCCACCAGAGCAGCAGCAGCAGCAGCCCCAACAAGAAUUCCUGCAGCAGUUGGGGCUUUUGCUCCAACAACAGCAGCUCCAGCAGCAGCCAGGGGGUAAGGAGGGGAAGGUGGAGGAGACGGAGUUGGUGAAGAAUGAGAAGAAGGACUAG